AUGUCUUCACCGACGACGAGCGCGGUGUCGCCCUUGGCACAACUACCGUUCGCAGCCAGCGCUGUUAUCAUCGGCGUCGUCUCACUGGUAUACCUUGCCUAUCAGUGGGCGCUCCCAAAGCCUCUGCCAGGCAUUCCUUACAACAAGGAAGCAGUGAAGUCAAUUCUUGGGGAUGCAGCAGAAAUCAGGGAGCUAAAGAAGCGAGGCGGCCGGCCUCGUACUUGGUUCGGCCAGCAGAAUGCGAAGCACAACAGCCCUCUCGUACAAGCGUUCUUGGCUCCGCUGUCGAAGCCGAUGUUGAUCCUCUCGGACUUUCGUGAGGCUCAGGAUAUCCUUCUUCGCAGAGGCAAGGAGUUCGACCGUGGUGGUAGAAACCUGGCUGCCCUGGGUGGUGUGAUUCCGAACCACCACAUCGGCAUGCGGACUUCGGAUCCCCAGUUCAAGGCCAACAGAGAGUUGGUAAAGGACCUCAUGACACCAAACUUUCUCAACACUGUUUCCGCCCCUGAGAUUCACAGCAACGCCCUGAAAUUCAUUGAUCUUUGGAGAUUGAAGGCAUCUAAGGCUAAUGGGCGCCCCUUCCAAGGCGACCAAGACAUCAAUGUGGUUGCUUUCGACAUCAUCAAGGUUGUCGCACUGGGUGAAGGGGACUCGCAGAGCAUGACCGAGCUGUACCAGGAGGUCGUCCGAAAGACCGACUUCGAGACGCAACACCCGGAUAGCAAGGAUGCAGCUCUCGAGUUCCCCGAAAAUCUGCCAAAUGAGGACCUCCUUUCGCACCAAGUCCAACAGGAAGCUAUCGGGCAGUCGGUUACAACCCCUUCGCCGGCUUUGUUCCACAAGUUCAACAACCGCAAAGCUCACAUGCAAGAGGCAUACGGCAUCAAGAUGAGAAUGCUCGAGAAGCAGAUUGGCCUUGCCAUCAAGCGCAAUGAAGCCGGAGAGGAGGUCAAAUCUGCCUUGGACUACAUGAUCAAGCGUGAGAUAAACGCUGCGAAGAAGGCCGGCCGACAGCCUGUCUUUGACUCUCCCUACAUGUAUGACGAGCUUUAUGGAUACAUUGGCGCCGGCCACGAGACGACGUCGACAUCUUUCCAGUGGGCUCUGAAGCACCUUGCUAUCCACCGCGACGUCCAGCAAAAGGCUCGAGAAGCAAUGCGCGCCGCUUAUGUCGACGCGGCUGCCCAGCGCCGCCAACCAACUGUAGCAGAGAUCACCAAGAUCCAAGUGCCUUAUCUGGAGGCCGUGAUGGAGGAAGCACUGCGCUUGUCCGGCCCGAUCCUGGGUAUCGUCCGUCAAGCACAAGUCGACACUACGGUUUUGGGUCAUCGGGUGCCGAAGGGGACAGAGGUCUUUAUGCCGCUGCGGGGUCCGAGCAUCACACAAGCGCCUUUCAACAUCGAGGAAUCACUCAGAAGCGAGAGCUCCCGGUCUCACAAAGACACCCGAGGCUUAUGGGAGACUGACCCGGAGGCGUUCAUCCCAGAACGAUGGUUGAAGCCCGAGGAAAACAAUGAGGCGUUCGACUCGCAGGCCGGUCCCUUCCUCACCUUUAGCAACGGGGUCCGCGGCUGCUUCGGGCGGCGCCUGGCCUAUCUUGAGUUGAGGAUUCUCAUGGCGCUGUUACUAUGGAACCUGGAGCUUGGUUCCUUGCCGGAGAAACUGAACACCUGGGACGCUGUGGACAGUUUGACGACUAAGCCUGCCAAGGUCUAUGUCAGGAUCUCGGAGACGAAAUGGUAA